AUGCCUCUGCUGCCAGACCUUCCAAACGAGAUGCUAGAGCAGAUCAUGAAAUACCUCUUGCCUGACGACGUCGACAACUUUUCGGACUCUCGUGAGGAAUUUCGCGCUAUUGCUAGCAGGAUACUACCCAGGCACAAUGAGUUGAAAAGAAAAAACUCCCAGGUCUCUUGCGGCUUGGUUGGCUCGGUAGGCUACAAAGCACUCCACCCCAUUUUCUUACUCCGGGACAUUCUUCAGGACCCGGAGAUUCUCUGGUACGUUAAGACCAUGUUCGUCGAGCUCUGCGACGAUCACUAUGCCUAUAGAAACGAGGAAACCUGGGACGAGGCCCGACGGAUAGCUGUGGACUGCAAAGAUGGCAUCAUCAAAAUGGUGCAGGCAUGUCCAUACUUGGACCAAGAAGAACGUAAAAACUGGAUCAAUGCGACACUCUCAUGCCACCAAGACACAGCUGUGGCUCUUCUUGCGUGCAUGUUCCCAUGCCUGGAGACUAUCCGCCUCACAGGCAUCCAUUCCAACAAUGAGCUACAUUCCCUUGCACGGAAGAUUGCCCAAGCCAACCGUCUCGACCCUGGUGGUUCCCACGCUCUCAGCAAGCUCAAUCUCGUCGAAGAGGAAGGCUGUGAAGCAGAAAUAUUCCAAAAGAUGCCAGCAUUCGAGCCACUUUCUGGUCUGCCUUCAAUGCGACGCUAUACAGGCAGAUACUUGUAUCAUGAGAAUGAGUGGACAACCCCCAAAGAGAAGUCUACAAUUACAAGCGUGGAGCUCUACCAAUGCAUGAUUUACAUCGCAGCUCUGCGAAGUGUUUUUGGCGGAAUUGCAAACCUGCGAGACUUCACAUACGAACAUCAUUGGGCAUUUGAGAUUCAGGGUACAGAGGCCUACCCGAACGAUUGGAAAGGAGACUGGCAGCCUGGAGAGAUUAUCCUGAGCUUGCUGGAAUUUGCAGCUCAUUCUCUCGUCGAACUGGAUCUGACUCGGGGCGGCAGUAAAGAAAUGCAACGCGUGGAAGAAACACUCGGAGAGAAGGGAGAAGCCGAGGACUCAGACGAGGACUCGGAAGUUGGUGGCAUAGUCAAGCCAUUCAUGGGCUCCCUUAGAGGUUUUCAGGUACUCAAAAACAUCCGCGUUCAAAAUGAGGCAUUCGUCGAGGAAGACCUGGAAGGUUCCGCAGGUGGGAGAACGGUGCACCGUUUGGUGGACUUGUUGCCAGCUUCGGUGGUGAACGUUACGUUGGCGAUGCCACAGUUGAGCGGAAAAGAGUCCUACCGGCUAAUGGAGGGUUUACCAGGACUCAAGUGGGAGCGGGUUCCAAAGCUCGAGAAGGUCAUUGUCGGAAGUGACUGUCCUUACAAAGAGAUGAAGACAGUGUUCGAGACUGUUGGUAUUGAGUUGGUUUCAUGA